AUGGCUCGCAAGCCCAACCUGUACCCAACAUGCGUGUGCCGACGAUGCGAGCUCGAGAAGGAGGAUAACGAUCACGUCUGGAAAUGCCCUUCGGCAGCUGAGACCACCACUGAGAUCUGGAAGGAGGCCAUGGGCAAGAUUAGCGAGUGGGGUGUGCAGGCGACAAACAGCUACAACGCAGCCAGGAAGCGGGAAUACAAACGUGCGGUGGACAGAGGUCGUCAGGUACCAAGGCCAGUACCCAUACACUGGUGGCCCCCUUCGGAUGCGGAUUAUGUACGAGGAUUUUCCUCCAUCGGUGGAGCUCGAGCCGUGCACAGCGGUAGUCCAGCUCUCGAUCGAGACGAGAAACCGAUGUGGAAUGUGUCGGAUCUCCUCCGCGGCAUCACCCCCUUGAGCAUGUUGACUGAAUGGUCCGCGGUCUUCCGGACCCCAAUGUCCAUCGCCAAGACAGUCCUUCACAAGUUUGUUGGCUAUCUGGAGGCGCAGGCCUCGGAGCUGAUCUGGAAACCUCGGUGCUCCGCGACGAUCGCAUGGGAACAGACCCAGGGUAUCUUUGCCAAGAACAAGACAUCCAAGUACACAGGCCCCCGAGCGACAAUUGUUGCGCAGAGCCAGGUUCUGGACCGGACUGCGACUGGUGGAUGGUGCACUGAAGAGUUUGGUCUGUAG